AUGCAGCGAGAAAUCUCGGGACCCGGCACGCGCGACUGCCAGGCGCUGCCGUCCCCGCGGCAGGUGACCUUCCAGGCCCGCGAGGCUCCGGAGCCGGAGCUGAAGGUGGCGAAAGACAUGGCGCACAUGGUGCCGUGCCGAACGCUCACGGCGGGCCGUAUGCCCUCGAUGCGGCAGAUCGACGACUACCCGGAGGGGGAGCCAGGGUCAGAGGCCUUCGAUCGAAUGGACUACCACUCUGAGACGGAGUGCAGCGACGUGGAGGAGCUGGAGCCGGCGGCGCUGACGACUCGGCGCGGAGGCGUUUCCGCCAUCCCCACGGGCGCCUUCAACGUGCGCUUCGUCAACUGGGUGAGCCCGAUGUUCGAGAAGGACAAGAGCCACCAGGAGUUUCUGCUGCGCUCCUUGGCCAAGUGCCCCUUCUUUUGGGAACUGGACAAGGAGAUCCUCCAAGCUUUGGUCGACACCAUGGAGAUCGAGGAGUUCCAGCCGGGUGAGGCGGUGUACACCAAGGGCGACGUCGGGCGAUCCGGCUACGUGCUCAUCGCGGGGCACCUCACGGCGGAGACGGACGCCACGGAGUUGGGCAACGUCCUGCGGAGGUCCUCGCGCUCCGAGGUGGACGUGAAGCCCGGGGACUUCUUCGGGGAGCACACCAUGCUCUGGGGGUUCCGUCGGCGCAUGACGGUGAUAGCGUCAAAAGACUGCGACACCCCAGCGGUGGCUGGCAAGCUGAAGAGGGACGUGUACUUCAACAUUGUGACACGCUCUGCGAUGCAUGAGCGCAGCAAGCGGGAGAAGUACUUGCGCACGGGGGUGCCGAUGUUUGAGACCUUCGAUUCGGAGCUGAUUACCACCAUCGCGGACAUUAUGCGGAAGCGUAGCUUUGCGCCCGGGGAGAAGAUUGUGCAACAAGGCGAGGAAGGUGGUGAGUUCUUCAUCAUUCUGAAGGGCGAGUGCGUUGCCACCAUUAAGGUGGCCAAGGUGGGCGCGGAUGGCUUCGAGGAGCACCCGGUGAGGUACUACAACAAGGGCGAGCGCUUCGGGGAGUUGGCCUUCAUCAACCGCACCCCUCGGGCGGCCACGGUCACCGCCAACACCAACGUCACCGUGUUGAGCCUUGACAGGGCUGUCUUCGAGCGGGUGGUAGGCUCGCUGGACAUCAAGCAGAAGGAGAACUAUGCCAGUGACCCCCGGAAGAUCUUGGCGGACUUCUACAGCCCCGGCACUGGCCUUGGCCCCUGCGGCGCGGUGCCGCACUCCGCGACUUCCAAGUCGUCGGCGUGGUUCGCGGUGUACCGGCCCACCAGCCGCGACGCGCUCGCGAAGAUGCUGAACCUUUCGGCGGUAGGGAAGGGGCUCAACGUGAAGGGCAAGUCCGCGAAGCGGAACCAGCUGUCAGGCUUCGUGCCCUUCGUGCAGAUCAGCAGCAACCAACACAAGCGGAAGCUGGGCCCAAGCCCUUUGAACUCCCGGGUGACCGUGUACUUCCAGACCCACGAGGCGGCGGAGCUGGCACGCCUGGAGCUGGACAAGGUGAUGCGGGAGCUGAGCCACCUGGACCUGGAGCCCAUCACCAGCGAGGACUCCUACGAGGUCUGGGGCUUGGAGGUGCCGGAGCGCGUGCUCCGGGAGGCCUUCAUCGACCGCCAGGACGUCACCUUCCAGGUGGGCUGGGAGACGGGCCGAGCCUCAGAGCCCGCCUUUAUGGAGAUGAACCUGCAUGCAAUACGCAGCAGAAGUCUCCCCAAGGUGGUGCUUUACCAAUAUGACAACUGCAACCCCAUGAACCCGCAUGGGCUUCUCAUCGCCUAUGCCGAGGCGAAGGUUAAGCCAGUGGUCUCGGACUUCGACACCUUUACCAUUGGGAGCCGGGGCAUGGUCUACGAGCCGAUCUGCGAGGAGCAGUGCGCGCUGAUGCGGUGGAGCCUGGACUGCACGGAGCGGAUUUUGCGGCACCCUGGGCACCAGGGCUGGAACUCCCGAUGGCUGGAGGUCCUGGAGAAGGCGGACAAAGAAGGCUUCCACCCAGAGAUCCCGGAAUUUGGCUUCGGCGAUCCCACGUCGUACAGGUUGACCAAAGCUGUCAUCGAGGCCACCAAGAUGUGUGGGGCGGUACGGCACGGCGCCGAGUGCUUCAACUUCUACUUCCCACAGGAGUUGGACUGCGAGUACCUAAUCAUUUGGGACGGCUUCGACGGGAAGCCCUGGGCCUACCGCAACGCUUCAGGCGAUUCCACGCGAAAACCUCCCGCGCGGACGGACCAGGGCGACCCGAAGGGCUGGAAAAAAGCCGGGUCAAGAUAG